GAUUCCAUCUUCAUCUAGGGCAUUUUCUGGAUCAUGAAGUGCAACACAGUGCUUGGAACUUGUUGCAGAAUGUGCCAUUGAGCGCAUUAUGCUGUCCUCGAGGCCUGUCAUGGGCAAUCAGCGUGUCCGCUGCCCAAGAUUUAAAGGUCGUCUCAUUCCUACCUUCGUCGUUCAUCUUCUUCAUCCACAACUGCUUCAUUCGCCAGUCUUUCCAUUCUUUCAAGGUUCUGCGAACCAUUUACAUUCUUUCUGCAACCCUUCUUGCAAUUCUCUAGGCUGGUCCUAUUUACUAUCUGACCCUCAGUCGUCCAUUCUUGAAACAGGUCUUUACAAAAGCAACGCAUUUCCAAGGGAACUCAGUCAUUACAGUCACCAUGAAGUACGAAAUUGCCGCCACCAUUUUGGCCUUCGCCUUGUCCUCUACACAUGCUCUUCCCCACAAGGAACACAAAGCUCGUGAAGUCCCUCAGGAGCACUCACACAACAAGUUCCUUGAUCUUGUCCGCACUUCAUUGGAUACCAACAACCCACUGAAAAUCGCAGACCCAGUCUUCGGUCUGCUGGGAAACGCUGCUGCAGCUGGUGGUGCUGGCGACGUUACUGACCUUGACUGCUUGCAGCAAGCAACGGCAGACCAGGCCUUCACCAAUGCAAAGGCAGCCGGAGACCUCGCUGGCAUGGCUGGCGCUCUGGUGUAUCGAGCCCUAGAGCGCAACACUGGCAGCGUCGGUCUAGUCAGCGUUCUCUGCACCCAGACUCCUGUCAAUGCCGAGAUUGGAGCCCUCAGUCAGCACCAGGAUCCUGCUUCGACGAAUGCCGCGAGCAUCAACAAGGGCAUCACUAUUGCACUGGCUCAACAGUUGGCUGCCAUUGGAGCCGAUCCUCUUCUCGCACUCGAAAGCGGUACUUUCGCCCCUGGCACAAUCGGUGACCCAACCGCAGCGGGCAACACCUGCGACACCUCGGAUGAUGAGCCCGGGUGCAUUUUCAGCGAGAAUCUUCUUGUCCUCGAUGCCUCCGAGGACGAGAUCAGCUCGGCCGUGGCUACAAUCACCCUGACUUUCACUGGAACAGGGGGCAUCAGCGCAACCGACGUCGACCUAGCCGCCUUGUCCGUUGCCGACGCCACGGCCGCUCCCGUCGCCGUCGCUGCAACCAGUGACACUGCAGCUACUACCACAGCAGCCGCUGCCACUGAAUGCGGAGCAGCAGCAGACGCCACAACUACCGCUGCUGCUGCAUCAACCAGCUCCUGCACCGUCAUCACCACCACCGUCGGCGCCGCCGCUGCAUCCACCCUAGCCACCGUGACUAGCGCCGCCGCUGUCGAGACGUCCGCUGCAUCUGGCACUAACGUGCAAACCUUCACUGGUACCCUCGGCGGCGCCCCACCGCCAGUCAUCUCCAGCUCUGGCGACCGCCCCUUCUCGGUCAACGGCGACACCUUCGUCAACGCCGCCGCAGCUCUCCAACGCUCCUGCUCCGUCCAGCACAAUGCCUGCGCCGACGCAGCCAACAGCGGUGCUUUGGCCGGCGGCGAAGCGCAGUGUGAAACCCAAGAAGACGCAUGUAACGCCGCGGAUGGUGUGACCAAAAAGGUGAAACGCGCCACCGACUUCGGCUCCUGCGGCAACCCGACCAUCCUGUUUGAAGCGGGUCUCGACGGCCGAAACACCGAGGCGUUCAUCGCGCAGGACCAGACGGACUACAACCACGGCUCCGCCCUCAACAUCGCCGUCAUCGCGGGCUUUAUCUGUCAAAGGCUGGGCUCGCCUUGUGAUGCUCCUGCUGAUGUCCAGGCAAGUUGCACAAGUGCUUCGGCUGCCGCUGUUGCUACGACCCAGAACCAGGCUGCGGCGGAUGUGUUCAAUAGCAUUCUUAUUGGCGGUAAUGCCGUGGCUACUGCUGCUGCUUCGGCGGUGGCUACUGCUGCUGUCAACGCUGCUACGGCUACUACUUCCGCUGUGGUCAUGACUAUCACUUCUUGCACUUAGGCUGCGGGCACUUGACCAAAUUGACAGCUGUAUCACUAGGAAUUGAAUGAGGCAAGCCAAGGGAUCACAGUCUACCAUAGCUUCAGUGUGACUCAGUCAUUGUUCCAGAACGCUGUAGCGGUGAGAAU